AUGGAGGUUGCCUCUAACAGCGAGAGGUGGUCAUUAAAUUGGUUCUGUGACUUCCUCACCCAAAUUUUGUUCGCCACAGAAUUUCUCAGUUUGAAAGAAGACAAGGCGCCCAUCAAGGAGAAGGCAUGGGCUAAUAUUGUUUGCUGUUGUUUGACAGGGAAAUGUCGAGAAGAGGAUGGUAAAUUCUUCAUUGGGUCAAACAAGCAUGAGAAGCUGGAAGAAGUCAAGAUGACUGUGAAUGUUCAUAAAACCAAUGACGCCUCCCUGGUUGUGAGUUGGAAACAAGCCGUGGGCUUCAUCACAGCCAAGUUGAGUGCUCCAUUUGUCUUGAACAAACUCCCCACUCAGACUCCUUCUAUUCAUUUGAUGGAAAUGCUCGAAUGUCAAUUAGCAAAGAAGCAAGGCGAACUCAAAAGUUUGAAAUCCGAAGAAGCCCAGUACAAAAGACUCAUCGAAACCUUGAAAAGCGAGAAAGAUUCUCUCGAGAAGAGGUCCAAACAAGACAAGAAGCAAAUAGUUCGAGGGGCGGUGACAAAGCUCAACAAGCACAAGAGCGAGAUCGAACAAUGGCUGGAGCGCAAGUUGCCUAGGGAUGACGACUAUCACACCUCGGACUCAGAUUCUCCGACUGCCACCACAGCAGCAAGGCAAGACGAUCAGCAACAUGCCCUCCCAUCCUCGAUGGAGCAAGGAGCGAUUGUUGUACCCGAUGAGGAGCCCACAUCUGCGAACGCUGACUCCACUCGAGAAGGAUUACAAGCCAGGCCUCGAAAGCGCAACAAGAGAAGACAGGAGGAUCAGACAAGUACCUAG